GUAGACCUAGAAGACAGGCAGAGAGCAGGGCAUUUGGACAACACAGAGCUGAGGAGUCAGUGAACAUGAAGAGCCUUCCAGUUCUGCUGUUGUGCAUGGCAGUCUGCUCAGCCUAUCCCUUGGACGGAGUGUCAACGAACCAGGACAGCAGCAUGGACCUUGUUCAGCAAUAUCUAGAGAAUUACUACAACCUUGAAAAAGAUGUGAGACAGUUUGUUCGAAGAAAGGACAGUGGCCCUGUUGUUAAAAAAAUUCGAGAAAUGCAGAAGUUCCUGGGGCUGAAGGUGACAGGGAAGCUGGACUCUGACACCAUGGAGAUGAUGCACAAGCCCAGAUGCGGAGUUCCUGAUGUUGCUCACUUCAGCACCUUUCCUGGCAUGCCCAAGUGGAGGAAAAGCCCCCUCACUUACAGGAUUGUGAAUUAUACAUUGGAUUUACCAAGCACUGCUGUUGAUGCUGCCAUUGACAGAGCUCUGAAAGUGUGGGAGGAGGUGACCCCACUCACAUUCUCCAGGGUUUAUGAAGGUGAUGCUGACAUCAUGAUCACCUUUGCAGUUAGAGAUCAUGGAGACUUUACUCCUUUUGAUGGACCUGGUAAUGUUCUGGCUCAUGCCUUCCCACCAGGACAGGGGAUUUAUGGAGAUGCUCACUUUGAUGACGACGAGCAAUGGACAAAGGAUACCUCAGGGACCAAUUUAUUCCUUGUCGCUGCCCAUGAACUUGGCCAUUCCCUGGGUCUGUAUCACUCAGCCAAUCCUGAAGCUUUGAUGUACCCUAUCUACAAAUCAUUUGCAGACCUUGAGCAAUUCCACCUUUCUGCAGAUGAUGUAAAUGGCAUCCAGUCACUGUACGGACCUCCCCCUACGUCCCCCGAGGACCGCCUGGUGCCCACAGAAUCUGUGCCUCCACCACCUGGGAACCCAGCCACGUGUGACCCUGCCUUGUCCUUCGACGCAGUCAGCACUCUGAGGGGAGAAAUGCUGUUCUUUAAAGACAGACAUUUCUGGCGGAAACAUCUCAGGGUACUUGAACCUGAAUUUCAUUUGAUCUCUUCGUUUUGGCCCUCUCUUCCUUCUGACAUUGACGCAGCAUAUGAAGUUACCAGCAAAGAUACUGUUUUCAUUUUCAAGGGAAAUCGGUUCUGGGCUAUCAGAGGAAAUGAAGUACAAGCAGGUUAUCCAAGAGGCAUCGAAACCCUGGGUUUUCCUUCAACUGUAAGGAAAAUAGAUGCAGCUGUUUGGCAUAAGGACAAGAGGAUGACAUACUUCUUUGUAGACGAUAAAUACUGGAGAUUUGAUGAGAAAAAACAGUCUAUGGAACCAGGCUUGCCCAAGAAAAUAGCUGAUGACUUUCCAGGGAUUGACUCAAAAAUUGAUGCUGUCUUUGAAGCAUUUGGGUUUUUCUAUUUCUUUAGUGGCUCUACACAGUUGCAGUAUGACCCAAAUGCAAUGAAAGUCACACAUGUUUUGAAGAGUAAUAGCUGGCUUAAUUGUUAGGAGAGAUACUCAGAAGAUACAACAAUUUUGAGUGGGCAUUUCAAAUGAAGUCAAUGGGUCUUCACCUAAGUCUUUGUGCACUGACAUAGUUUGUUUUGUCCUGCAUGUGCUAUGACUGAGAACUCCAGUGAUAAAUGGGUGUCUUAUAGGGCAUUGUCACAUUUUCCAGGACAUUCUCUAAGGGACUGGGAGCUUACACAAUGGUCAUAUGGAGUCUGAACUUCUAUCAGAGUGGGGAACUUCUCACAUGCAGCCUACAAGUACCUGUACAGACUAUCUGCUUACUAUUAUUUUUUAAUAAAGAGACGUUUUCAGUAA